AUGUAUCACCAGUUGCGUAAACGGAAAGAGGAUACAUCUGCUCAAAGAUUCCUUUUCCGGAAUGAUCCUGCGGCUGAACCGGACGUCUACAUUAUGGACGUCGCCACGUUCGGGGCGACUUGCUCCCCGUGUGCUGCGCAAUUUGUUAAAAAUAAGAAUGCGGCUGAGUUUGCGGAGCAGUUCCCUGAGGCAGCGAAAGCAAUUGUGGAGAAUCAUUACGUCGAUGAUUAUUUCGACAGUGCAUCGACGAUUGACGACGCUAUACGGCGUGCAAAAGAGGUCAGAUUUAUUCAUUCAAAAGCUGGUUUUGAGAUCCGCAAUUGGAUGUCUAGCUCCAUUGAAGUUAUCAGCGCGUUAGGUGAAACGACGAUUGACCAACAUGUACACUUCAACCAAAAUAAAACGACGGGUUACGAACGGGUUCUGGGCAUCGUAUGGAACACUGGCACCGACGCAUUUACAUUCUCGGGCAGAAUGAGGGAUGAUUUGUUACGAUAUCUGAACGGUGAACAACGGCCGACGAAAGGAAUGGUAGCAAGCUGUGUGAUGAGCCUGUUUGAUCCCCAAGGUUUCUUAAUCCCAUUUACAAUCUUUGGCCGAAUUUUGCUACAGGACUUGUGGCGUACUGGCUGUGAGUGGGAUGACGAAACAAAUGAUGAUGCGGUGGAAAAAUGGAGAUGCUGGGUCAGUAGGUUGCAAGAAGUUGAGGAAAUACGGAUCCCACGAUAUUACUUUCAAGGUGGACUCAAUUUGGACUAUACGACUCUACAGCUGCAUGUUUUUGUAGAUGCAAGCCAAAAUGCAUACGGAGCCGUCGCUUAUUUCCGGAUUAUGUCUACAUCUGGACCCAUCUGCUCUUUAGUAAUGGCCAAGUCAAAGGUCGCACCAUUGAAAUUGUUAUCGAUACCUCGAUUGAAGCUGAUGGCAGCACUGUUAGGAGCAAGACUAAUGAACUUCGUACACGAGAACCACACUUUGGAAAUAUUGGAGCGGUUCAUUUGGUCGGAUUCACAGGUUGUACAUUCUUGGAUACAAUCCGACCAACGCAAAUACAAACAAUUUGUCGCCUUUCGGGUUGGAGAGAUUCAUAGUCUCACUAAGCUUUGCGAGUGGCGCCAUGUGCCCUCGAAAUUAAACGUAGCAGACAUGGUUACGAAGUGGGACAGAAACCAUAGCUGGCGAUCGGAUGGGCCAUGGGUUCGUGCACCUGACUAUCUCUACCAACUAAAAGAGGCUUGGCCAAACCAUAAGAAAGUAGAACCCGAAACAAUAGAGGAGAUGCGUGCUGCUGUUCUUUUCCACGGAAUCUUCGUUCCAGAGUCUAUGAUAGAUCCACGUCGAUUCUCUCGCUGGACGGUGAUGGUGAGAGCAGUCGCUUAUCUGUUUCGAUUCAUCUCCAAUUGUCGUAGAAGAUUGAAAGGUCAGGCCAUCGAAGCGCUUCCCCUCUCAAAUAGGACAAAAGGACUGGUAAAAAGGCUUGUACCAGCUAUCCCUGCCUCGCUGAGAAGAGAAGAAUAUCAAAAGUCAGAAACGCAUUUGUGGCGUACUGUACAGGCAGAUUGUUUCCCAGACGAGGUUAGAAUACUACUAAAAAAUCAGGAACGUCCGCAAGAAGAGUGGGUACCACUUGACAAAAACAGUCAACUCUAUAAGCUAUCCCCGUUCCUAGACGAACAAAAGGUAUUGCGAAUGGAAGGUAGAGCAGAGCGCGCCACUAUGGUUCCUUUCGAAAUUCGAUUCCCUAUCAUCCUGCCAAAGGAUCAUCCAGUGACGAGUAAACUUCUAGCUUUCUAUCAUCAGAAGUUGGGUCAUGCAUACAUGGAAACAGCGGUAAACGAACUUAGGCAACGAUUCGUCAUUCCUUGUUUGCGCGCUGCUUUAAAGCGAGUGAUGAGGGCUUGUGUAAGGUGUAAAGUGGCUAAAAGUCAACCAGCUAUACCCAGAAUGGCACCCCUUCCGGUCCAACGUGUAACUCCUCACCGUCGACCAUUCAGUUACACGGGCGUUGAUUAUUUCGGACCAGUGACAGUAACAGUAGGUCGUCGCAAUGAAAAACGCUGGGUUUCUCUCUUUACGUGUUUAACAACGCGUGCCGUUCACCUCGAAGUGGUGCAUAGUUUGAAAACUCAAUCCUGUAUAAUGGCUAUCAGGAGAUUUGCGUGCCGUAGAGGGAUGCCGAUCGAAUUCUUUAGCGAUAACGGUACAAACUUUCAUGGCGCGAGUAAAGAAGUAGAACGAGUGAAUGCAGAUUGUGAAGAAACGUUUACCGAUGGUCGAACAAGAUGGAAUUUUAACCCACCCUCAGCACCACAUAUGGGCGGGGUGUGGGAAAGACCUGUAAGGUCAGUAAAAGAAGCAUUGAAGGCAUUCGACGAUGGAAAGAAGCUAACCGACGAAGUGUUGCUGACUAGCUUUGCCGAAGCGGAGGAUCUCAUCAAUACGCGUCCGCUGACUUAUUUGUCCCUGGAAUCAGGAUCGAUGGAGGCACUUACACCCAACCACUUUUUGCGAGUGGUAACGGCCUAUGAUGGAGGACAAACUACGGGACCAACCAGCGAAGCUGCAUCACUCCGGGACAACUAUAAGCGGUCACAACUAUUAGCAGAUAGCUUCUGGAAGAGGUGGAUUGCGGAAUAUAUUCCUACACUCAAUCAAAGAUCGAAAUGGUAUACAGAAGCAGAACCAGUCGAAUGCGGUGACUUGGUAUAUAUAGCAGAAGGAGCGAAUCGGAAGUGCUGGGUUCGCGGUUUAGUUAUGGAGGUAUUCAAAGGAUCUGAUGGACGGAUCCGACAGGCAAUGGUAAAAACCAGUAAUGGAGUACUAAAAAGACCGAUUAGCAAACUAGCGGUGCUGGAGGUUCAGGAACGUAAAUCUGGCGCUAAGGAGGAGCUACCCAGAGUUACGGGGCGGGGCUAUGUAAGCACCGUUGGGCACACGUCGAUCGACCCUAUUGCUAAUAAUGCAGUACUAGACAGGCAUUGA